UCGGCGUCCCCCGGCCGCGCCCGGCCCUCGCGCUCUCCUCCGCAGGCCGGCGGGGCGACGGCGUCCUCGCGGCCGCUAGGGCGCCGCAAAGCGUCCUGGGAGAGGCGGCUGGCGCGCGGCGGCGAGGUUAUAAAAGGGAGGCCGCAGGCGGCAGGCGGAAGUGGGCGGUUCGGCAGCUCGGGGCGCUGGUGCUGGGGCUUUGAGGCCUCUCGGGCGAGGGGCGUUCUCUGGCGGGCUGCCGGUGCAGGCCGCAGUGACAGGGCCGCUCGGUCCCUGCGCACCCCGCCGCCUUCUCCCCCGUGCAGCGGCCUCCGCGGCCUGCAGGCCCCAACAUGGCGCAGGAGGAGGAGGUGUCGGAGUACCUGAGCCAGAACCCGCGGGUGGCCGCCUGGGUGGAGGAGCUGCGCUGCGAGGGCGAGACUGACAAACACUGGCGUCACCGCCGCGAGUUUCUGCUCCGCAACGCCGGGGACCUGGCUCCCGCGGGCCCGGCUGCCGACGGCGCCGAGAGCGGGAGCCGUGCCCGGCAGCUGCAGCAGCUCGUCUCCUUCUCCAUGGCCUGGGCCAACCACGUCUUCCUCGGGUGCCGGUACCCUCAAAAAGUUAUGGAUAAAAUACUUAGUAUGGCUGAAGGCAUCAAAGUGCCAGAUGCUCCAAUCCAUACAACAAGAGAUGAACUGGUUGCCAAGGUGAAGAAAAGAGGGAUAUCGAGUAGCAAUGAAGGGGUAGAAGAACCGUCCAAAAAACGUGCCGUAGAAGAAAAAAACAACUCUACAGUUGAGCAAGAUCAUGGAAAAAUUUCGGCCAGAAUAGAACGUGGGUUGGCUCAGCUGGAAAACAAAGCAGCAGGUUCGUCCAGCAAGGCCGAGAGUGGUGGGAACUCGGCUCGGAGCACUGGCACCUCCGGUCAGAGCAGCUCAGGCAGUGCUGGUGAUGGAUCUGGUUCCAGCCAGAGCAGUGCUGCUUCCUGUCAGGUAACCGUAGGAACUGCAAAAGCCGAGUCAGAAGCGACAGAUAAACACGGGUCAGCGUCGUUUGUUUCUUCCUUGUUGAAAGCUAGCGUGAAUAGUCACGUGACCCAGGCCGCUGAUCCCAGACAACAGAGUGAGUCACCUAACAAGAAUGCUUUAAAGGAGGGCUCUUCAGUUGCCUCUUCACAGAGCAGUUCAGAGGUGGAGGUGCCCUUGUUGGGGGUUUCCGGAAGCUCAGAAGUAGAGUUGCCCUUGUUGUCUUCUAAGCCUGGUUCAGAGACAGCUGCAAGUGGGUUAACUUCUAAAACCAGUUCAGAGGCAAGUGUUUCAUCAUUGGUUUCUAAAAACAGUUCCUCAUCAGGAUCAUUACUAACGCCCAAGAGCAGCUCCUCAACAAAUACAUCUCUGCUAACUUCCAAAAGCACUUCCCAGGUAGCUGCAGCCUUGCUAGCUUCUAAGAGCAGUUCCCAGCCCAGUGGGUCCCUGGUUUCUAAAGGCACUUCCUUAGCAAGUAUAUCCCAGCUGGCUUCUAGGAGUAGUUCUCAGAGUAGCACCUCCCAGUUGCCUUCUAAAAGUACUUCACAGUCAAGUGAUAGUUCUGUCAAGUUCUCUUGCAAGUUAACCAAUGAGGAUGUGAAGCAGAAGCAGCCUUUCUUCAAUAGACUGUAUAAAACGGUGGCCUGGAAGUUGGUAGCUGUUGGAGGCUUCAGUCCCACUGUGAAUCAUGGAGAGCUCCUCAAUGCAGCCAUCGAGGCACUAAAAGCCACCCUGGAUGUGUUUUUUGUCCCGUUAAAAGAACUGGCAGACCUGCCUCAAAAUAAGAGUUCUCAAGAAAGUAUUGUUUGUGAAUUGAGGUGCAAGUCUGUGUAUUUGGGCACUGGUUGUGGAAAAAGUAAAGAAAAUGCAAAAGCAGUUGCAUCAAGAGAAGCGUUGAAGUUAUUUCUGAAGAAAAAGGUGGUGGUAAAAAUCUGUAAGAGGAAAUAUAGAGGCAGUGAAAUUGAAGAUCUAGUACUUCUCGAUGAAGAAGCAAGACCUGUCAACUUGCCUCCAGCAUUAAAACAUCCUCAAGAAUUACUGUAAUGUGUCCCAAAUAAAACUGCACGUAAGAUCUGA